UAAGCUCUCUCUUAUCUUAUCCCAAAGGUCGCCCUUUUAAAAACGAAAUCAAUCACUGCAUCAGAUCUUUUCAGUUUUGGAAUUUGGGAUAAUGGGGACGGCAAAUAUCUUUUUGUUCGUUUUCAUCACAACGUUCUCUAUUUAUUGUCAUGCUGAAAAUCAUGAAGAGGCUGAUUCCAAGGACUUGGAAUUAACCCCACAGCGUACCUUCUGGAAGCCCACUAAAGUUAAUUUCAGGUGCCCUGCUAUCUACGGCCGUUAUGCACAUCCUACAGAUUGUGAGUAUUUUUAUUUAUGCAGAUUUGGUUGGCCGACUUUGAUGCACUGCAACAGAGGCUAUUUGUACGACGAGCCUAGAGAGCAAUGUCGACCCAGGAAUCAGGUCAAGUGCCGUAAACAUGAUGAUGAUGGAGGUGAAUGGAAGCUUUCGUUUCAAUGCCCUACUUCCUACGGCCGGUAUCCACAUCCAACAGAUUGUGCGUAUUAUUAUGAAUGUCAAGCUGGUUUGCCAUAUCUGAUACAAUGCAGUACAGGUUACCUGUACGACGAGAAACAGAAACAAUGUCGGGACAAGAAUUACGUUAAAUGCAUUCACGAUAAAGGUGAAUGGAUACCCAAAAAGGGCAAGUUUGUAUGUCCUCAGGCUUUCGGACGUUACCAGCAUCCUACAGACUGCGCAUAUUUUUAUGACUGCUAUUAUGGUGUGCCAUACUUGAUGCACUGCAAUAGAGGCUACUUGUACGACGUGAAUUAUAAACAAUGCCGAGACAGGAAUACCGUUAAGUGCCUCAUCCCUGAUAAAGACGAUAGAGGGGAGUGGAGACCUAAUAAAGUUCAGUUUGUUUGUCCUGAUUAUAACGGACGUUAUCCACAUCCUACAGACUGCGCAUAUUUCUUUGAAUGUCAAUCUGGUGUACCAUACUUGAUGCACUGCAAUGAAGGAUACUUGUAUGACGUGAACUAUAAACAAUGCCGAGAGAAGAAUACCGUUAAGUGCCUCAUCCAUGAUAAAGAUGAUAAAGGGGAUAAAGAUGAUAAAGGUGGAUGGAAACCAAGCAGAGACCAAUUUGUUUGUCCUCAGGCUUUCGGACGUUAUGCUCAUCCUACAGAUUGUGCAUAUUUUUAUGAAUGUUAUUACGGUGUGCCAUACUUGUUGCAUUGUUAUGCUGGCUACUUGUACGAUGAUAGAUAUAAACAGUGUCGAAGCAAGGAUACCGUUAAGUGCCUCAUUGAUGAUAAAGACGAUAAAGGUGAAUGGAGACCCAAAAAAGAUCAGUUUGUCUGUCCUGAUUAUAACGGUCGUUAUGCACAUCCUAAAGACUGCGCAUACUUUUAUGAAUGUGAAUCUGGCUUGCCCUCCUUGAUGCACUGCAAUGUUGGCUACUUGUAUGACGUGAAUGCGAAACAGUGUCGAGACAAGAAUACUGUGAAGUGCCUCAAUCCUGAUGAAGACGACAAAGGUGAAUUGAUACCAGAUAAAGGUAAUUUUACCUGUCCUGCCUAUUAUGGGCGUUAUCCACACCCGACAGAAUGCGACUAUUUUUACGAAUGCAGAUAUGGCUUGCCAUAUUUGAGGCGCUGCAACAUAGGCUUCUCGUAUGACAAGAAGAGGGAAUAUUGUAGGGACAAGAGAGUUGUCAAGUGCAAAAUUCCUCGUGAUAUUGAAGACGACGACGACGACGAUGGUGAUGAAGAGAUCGGUCCUUUCAAGUGUCCUUACAUAUGGGGUACUUUCGCUCAUCCAAAGGAGUGCAACAAGUACUACGUCUGCAUAUAUGAUGUACCCACACUGUACACGUGCUCCGGAACUGAUUUGUACGACGUUAAGCUUAGAAGAUGCAUAGACAAAAGUAAAGUCAACUGCGGAAAGAGAAUCGGCAAAGAUGAAAUCACUACGACAACUCCAGUAACGGAACCAGAAGAUGAAGGCAAAUUCCACUGUCCAUUCCCCCAUGGGCGCUAUCCUGAUCCUGAAGACUGUUCACAAUUCUAUUCAUGUAGUUUCUCCAAAGCGACACUUGAGAAGUGUGAUAAUGGCACUCUCUACGAUGAAAGGAAAGAGCAGUGUAUCGAAGCUAAAUACGUAAAAUGUGGUGACAGACCUGGUGGUAUUGAUGAAGGUGGUGAGGACGAAACUAAAGAAAAGAAAGAAGAAUUCCGUUGCCCGUAUGUAUGGGGAACAUUCCCUCAUCCAGACGAUUGUUCCAAGUACAUCAUUUGCAUUUUUGACGUUCCCACUGUCUUCAGCUGCAAGAAAACAGAACUCUUCCACGCAAAGUACAGAAGAUGCUUUCCGUCCGAGAUGGUCACUUGUGACUACAGAAUCAACCCUGAUGACCUAAUCCUUCCACCAAAGCUGUCAACUCAAGAAAUGACGAGCCCUACAACUCCACCAACCACCACUCCGACUACAACUACAACGCCAACAACAACUACUACACCCACUACAACUACCACUCCGACUACAACAACUACUCCGACUACAACAACCACUCCGACUACGACAACUACUCCAAUUACUACAACAACUACUCCAAUUACUACAACAACUACUCCAAUUACUACAACAACUACUCCUACUACAACAACCACUCCUACUACAACAACCACUCCUACUACAACAACCACUCCUACUACAACAACCACUCCUACAACAACAACUACUCCUACUACGACUACCACUCCAACUCCGACCACUACUCCUUUCAUUAGCACUAAAAAACCGAAUACUCCACCACCCACUGACUGUGACGAAGACGAUGUUGACUGUAUACAUGACAAAACAAAAGAUGUGAAAGGUUGGUUUGACUGUCCUGAACGUUACGGUCACUUCCCUCAUGGUGCGAGUCAUCAGCUCUUCAUUCACUGUGAUAACUGGACACCGUUCAUCAAGAGGUGUGCUGAAAACACUGCAUUCUCCCCGAAAUAUCUUGUCUGUAUGUGGAUUGGAAAACCUCUUCCAACCCGUCCACCAAAAUAGAUGGUGAAUAAAAUAUUUAUAAUUUGAAGUAAAAA